AUGAACGGAGAGUCCCAUGAGCGCCGCGAUCAGCGGAUUCAAGAUCUGUGGCGGACUCUGGACACCCGCAAUGAGGGCCAGCUCGAUGUCCAUGGUCUGCGGAAAGGCCUCCGCACCCUCGACCACCCUCUCAAGAACGCCGACGAGCUCCUUCACGACCUUCUCAAGGCUGUCGACACGUCCGGGGAUGGACGGAUCCAGUACAAUGAGUUCAGAGUGUUUGUGGAGCACGCUGAGAGAGAACUCUGGCAGUUGUUUCAAAGCAUAGAUAAAGAUCAAAGUGGCGGCCUGGACAAGAAUGAGUUGCGUUCCGCAUUUGCGCGUGCGGGCAUCACCAUCAGCAACGCCAAGUUGGACCAGUUCUUUGAUGAGGUGGAUUCCAAUCAUGAUGGGGAGAUCAGUUUUGAGGAGUGGAGGAAUUUCUUGCUCUUCCUCCCGGGCGGCCGCUCCAGUCUCGGUGCCGUCCUCAGCUAUUACACUGCAACUGCAAAUGUGAACCAGGAGGGCGACGUUACCAUCAAUGACACUCUCAAAGGAUUUGGUAUGAGCACACUCCCCACCGUUAUUGAACCCCGGGUACUGCAGGAUCAGAACACAAGCGGUCCUCCCGCCCGCGAGGCUUAUGGAUCUUGCCCUUGUUGCACUCCCAUAGUCGACUCUUCUUUUCACCCCUUCCUGUCGACUCUUCUUCCUUCCGGACAACCAUUUCUCUUACAGUGUCAGUGUCUAACGAGAUUGACAAUGCUGACAGAUUUUCUCCCGCCCCCAGGCUACUUUGUAGCUGGUGGCUUAGCAGGGAUGGUCUCGCGGACGGUGACGGCCCCGUUGGACCGUCUUAAGGUGUAUCUGAUCGCCCAGACAAGCCCCAAGCAGGCGGCCGUGGAAGCGGUCAAGAAAGGGAGCCCCGUCCAAGCCAUCAAAAACUUUGGCAGGCCUCUCGUCGAUGCGUGCAAAGAUCUCUGGGCGGCCGGUGGGAUGCGCAGUCUAUUCGCCGGAAACGGCCUCAACGUUGUCAAAGUCAUGCCUGAAUCGGCCAUCAAGUUUGGGGCGUACGAGGCGGCAAAGCGGGCUUUUGCACGUUUGGAAGGCUCAGAUCCAAAGCACCUGCAUCCCACAUCACAAUUUCUCGCUGGUGGCUUUGGAGGCGUCGUUUCUCAGUGUGUCGUCUACCCCCUGGAUACGUUGAAAUUUCGAAUGCAGUGCGAAACUGUGGCUGGCGGCCUACAUGGCAACGCCCUCAUCCUUCAAACAGCAAAGAAAAUGUGGAAACAGGGAGGACUGAAGCCUUAUUACCGUGGAAUAGGCAUGGGACUUGCUGGGAUGUUUCCUUACAGUGCCAUCGACCUAUUCAUUUUCGAAAACUGCAAACGGUUUGUCAUAGCGCGCAAGGCCAAGAAGGCUCGAUGCCAUGAAGACGAUGUCGACAUGAACAAUUUUGUCACCGGUCUUAUCGGAGCGACAUCUGGAGCGAUCAGUGCCACGGCAGUGUAUCCGAUCAACUUGCUGAGGACGAGACUGCAAGCUCAAGGGACAGUCCUGCACCCACCGACAUACACGGGCAUCUGGGAUGUCACUGUGAAGACCAUCCAAGGAGAAGGAUACAGGGGACUUUUCAAAGGUGUAACACCAAAUCUGAUGAAGGUGGCACCGGCCGUGAGCAUAAGUUACAUUGUCUAUGAGAACAGCAAGGCCUUGCUCGGGCUGCCAUGA